CCUCACUAACAGCCGCGGCGGGCUGCGUGUGCGUGAGCGCGGAUCUACCGGCCGAAACCUGCGUGUCCAACCGCUUAAAACUGAACCAUGGUGCAGCUAGUAGGGCCUCUCCGGAAAGAGCUGGCCGACUCGGUGUCGUCCUGCAGGGUGCUAGUGGUCGGGGCUGGAGGAAUCGGCUGCGAGCUGCUGAAGAAUCUCGUCCUGACCGGCUUCAAAAACAUUGAAGUGAUCGACCUGGACACAAUUGAUGUCAGCAACCUCAACAGGCAGUUCCUCUUUCAGAAGAAGCAUGUGGGCAAGUCCAAAGCACAAGUGGCCAAAGAAAGUGUGCUGCGCUUCUGUCCUUCUGCUAACAUCACAGCCUACCACGAUAGCAUAAUGAACCCAGACUACAAUGUGGAAUUCUUCAGGAAUUUCCAGCUGGUCAUGAACGCCCUGGAUAACAGAGCGGCCAGGAAUCACGUGAACAGGAUGUGUUUGGCAGCAGAUAUUCCUCUAAUCGAGAGUGGUACGGCAGGCUACCUCGGCCAGGUCACGGUCAUCAAGAAGGGUGCGACAGAGUGCUACGAGUGCCAACCCAAACCCACACAGAAGACAUUUCCUGGAUGCACCAUCCGGAAUACUCCCUCUGAACCCAUCCACUGCAUCGUGUGGGCGAAAUACCUCUUCAAUCAGCUGUUCGGAGAGGAGGAUGCAGAUCAGGAGGUGUCCCCGGACACGGCCGAUCCCGAGGCUGCAUGGAACCCUGAAGAAACAGCAGCGCGAGCUACAGCCUCGGAUCAGGAUGGAGAUAUCAAACGAGUUUCUACCAAAGAAUGGGCUCGCUCCACGGGCUACGACCCCGUCAAACUCUUCAACAAGCUGUUCAAAGAUGACAUCAUGUAUCUGCUGACCAUGGACAAGCUCUGGAAGAAGAGGAAGGCUCCGGUGCCGCUGGACUGGGCUGAGGUGCAGCAGCUCGUAAGCUCUCAGGACGAGGUGUGCGGGACGGGGCUGAAGGAUCAGCAGGUGCUCAGCUUGGGCGGAUACUCCCAGCUGUUCCAGCACAGCGUGGAGACGCUCCGAUCCCAGCUGGAUGAGAGAGGAGAUGGAGCACAACUGGUGUGGGACAAGGAUGACCCUCCAGCCAUGGACUUUGUGACGGCGGCUGCCAACCUGCGUAUGCACAUCUUCAGCAUGAGCAUGAAAAGCCGCUUUGACGUCAAAUCCAUGGCAGGAAACAUCAUCCCAGCGAUCGCUACCACUAACGCGGUCAUUGCUGGGCUCAUCGUACUGGAGGCGCUGAAAAUCCUAAACUCUGACUUCCAGCAGUGCCGUACGAUCUUCUUGAACAAGCAGCCGAACCCCAGGAAAAAGCUGCUGGUUCCGUGCGCUCUGGACCGGCCUAAUCCCAACUGCUAUGUCUGCGCCAGCAAACCUGAAGUAACGGUCAAACUCAACGUGCACAAAACCAUCGUACAGGCUCUACAAGACAGGAUACUAAAGGAGAAAUUUGGCAUGGUGGCUCCAGAUGUGCAGAUAGAAGAUGGAAAGGGUACGAUCCUCAUCUCCUCAGAGGAAGGAGAGACGGAAGCAAACAACAACAAGUUUCUGUCAGACUUUGGGAUUCGGAACGGCAGCCGUCUACAAGCUGAUGACUUUCUCCAGGAUUACACGCUUCUGGUCAACGUACUGCACUGCGAGGAGAUGCCGAGGGACGUGGAGUUCGAGGUGGUCGGCGAUGCCCCUGAGAAACCUCCAAGUGCCCCAGAGGAAGAGAAGAGCAUCGCUAACGGCAACAAAGAUGCCGCCCAGCCAUCUACCUCGUCUAAAGCUGUGGUCGAAGAUGAUGACGUGCUCCUCGUCGACUCCGACGAAGAACCUUCCUCCAGCACCACAGACGUUUCCACAGAGGCCGGCAGCCUAAAGCGAAAGCUCCACGACGCAGAAACGGGUGAAUCCGCGUCCAAGCGCAAACGCCUCGACCAGCAGACGGCUGACGACGACGAUGACAUCAUCGCUCUCGACUAGCGUCCUCUAGCCUUCCCUCCUUCCAGGGGGGGCUUCUGUUUUUGUCAUACUGUUUCCAUUACCAGUACCAACUAUAUGUAAAUAUAUCUGUACAAAAACUGCUGAGAGCUGGAUGGAUGUGUCUUCACGUUAUUUUUAUUUUCCUGUUUUUUUUUUUCUUUUUUCUUCCUGAACAGAAUAAGGAGAUUUUGGGGAUUUUUUUUUUUAACUUUUUACAGCAGUGUACACGUCAUGGAUAUCUUUAUGGCUGAAAGAAAUGCUUAAUGUAUUUCAUUGUGUUUUGCCAUUUAAUGUCAAAACGUUCCAUAUUUAUUGUUUUAUUUUUUUUUGUAAACUUCCAUAAAACCGGAAAAGCAGGCAUCGUUUCACAGAAAACGGCGUACUUGCUUCUCUGUUCCAUCCGUUCAGCAAGUUUCUCUUGAACAAAAAAAAAAAUUGUUGUAACCACAUCUUUUUUUCUUAAAUACAUUUUGAAGGCAGUUAUUUAUUCCUCCAUGUGCUGUGCUUUUCUUCUCUAAAGCAGGAUUCUCUGCGCUUUCUUGGACUCGGCACACCUCCUUCAACUCGUUAGUGGUUUUCCAGGUAGAGUUUUGUACAUUAAAUCAGAAAAGCCUGAUCUAAUGCUGAAGAGGCCUGCCAGGAUUUCAGUAUGAAACCCCAGCGCUAAAACAUCAGUGAUCUAUAAGCUCAGAUUUGUCCCGAAAGAGGAGCUGGAAAAAUAUGUUCUCCGGAUGUGCCUCGGCCUUCCAUCGGGGCAGUGUUGGCGAUGCACGUAGAGUUUAUCGUAUGUGCUCAAGACGUGUGGGACGCCUUGUUGAUGAAGGAAAACCGUUAUUUUUCUGAACGUGGGCUACUGUUUACAUUGGGGGAGGUCAAGAGUCCAGACUCGGCUCGUUAGUAGCGUAAGGGUUCAUCCAGGUGCUCGGGUGGCUGCUACCUGUUACCCAGUUGGCACGUCCACAGCCCAUGAUGUCAGAUGUUUGUAUUUUGAUGACCUCCUCUGAGCCCCAUGGCUUUGUCUGAUCGUGGAUGCUUGCAGGAUGUGUUUGAAUAUAGAAGGUUUGGGGGCGGGGGGCACUUUUUCAAUAGCUGUACUUGUAUGUUUUAUUAUAACACGUUUACAGUCAUUGUUAUUAAAGGCCGCACGCCCCUGUUUAUAACCCCUUUGAUUUUUGAGUACAGUAAAAA